AUGGCCACCACGAAAGCGAAGCGGUGGGGAGCAUCUUUGAGCUCUGAUGCGACGAGUACCGAAGUUAAUUUUAUUUUUCAAUUCGCUUGCGAUCCUCUGCUUGUGUUUCGAAUGUCGGAGAAGAUCCCGGGUCAGCCCGCGGGGGACCCGUCGAAAUCAUGGGUCAAAUUUGAGGAGUCCAAUUCAAGCACCGGUUCCGUGCAAGCGAACAGUGUGCAGUUGGAAGUGCCCGAGGAAGCAGUUCGAGAUGGUGCUAGCGUUGGUACAGUGAUUCAGCAGCGCCCGGAACAGCUUGCAGUUACGAUCAACGAUGUGAUCGCUUCCGCGCAAGACUUGCAGCAGGCGCGAAAUAAUGGCAUUGGGUCUGUUCCUGAAGCCCCAAGACCAAAUAUUCGUCAAGGAUUUGCAAAUGGCGAUGUUAUCGUGACCCUGUUACCAAUGAACACGUCGUGGGCAUGGCUGACGCCCGCAGAAUUUCGUCCGGAAUUGGUACCUGAGGAACUCAUGGCUGACGGCUUAACCCUGACCGUGGAAGAAUAUGUACAGGCCAUGGAACUGUUGACGAAUGAUUACCGGUUCACGUUGUACAACGUGUUUUACAAGCGACUUCUCGCAGGGUGGAUCGCCGUCGGCUUUCUCAUCUUGUUGAUAAUACUCUUCUCACAACUCCAGCACCUUGCGCUUUUCGGCUGCGGGAUCCUAUGGCUCGUCCUCAACGCUGCUGCCAUUUUCAUGUGUAUGUGGAUUAAAGUUCGGUUGAAUCGGAACUUGGAGCGAUGUGUAGCCAGUGUCAAUAAGCUGUUGUUGAAGCAUAAGAUACUCUUGGGAUUAGAUGAUCGAGGACGUUUGUCCUGCCACAAAGUCAACCUCUGCUUUCUGUACUUCGAUCCGUCCGACUGCAUCAAAAAAUUGAAAGAAGUAAUCGACAAGGAAGAGGCAAGAGGCAACGUGGUGAACAGUGAUGAAGGAAAAUCGGAAGCAGUGGAGCGCCAGAGGAGGAGACUCUUCUUUCGUCGGAGGAUGGACAUAGAAGAUCAAGACAUCGUCAUCAGUGCUGGGACAGGAGCACCAACUCGUGUGUCUCGGAAACAGGAGCGCGCGGAGCGCUUGUUCCUGCGCUAUUCCCAGCGAUGGGCGAAAGAUUUUUUGCGGAAGCGGUUGGACUGGUGCGCGGACAUGGCGGAACGAUUGGAGCAAGGCGCCACUGUGCUGAACGUGGCAAUGCCGCCGGUGCCCGCGUCGACCCCAGGCCCGGGAUUCGCUGGCAUCCUGGUGACACCCCAGCAGCGUCCGCGGCACCUGCCCACAGCGCACUGUCCUUGUCAGUACGUCGAGGAGCACCUCAAGUACAAACCGGCGGCCAAACGGCAAACCCAGUGUGUCAAUUGGUGCAACGACUUCGCCAACCAGGGUGCUUUCGACUGA